AGAAGCGGGGAGAAAGGGCGAAUUAGCGAAGCAGUGGGGGAAAUAUUUACGAUUCCUGCUUUUUCCGGAUGAGUUUUGUCACUCUAUGCAAUUUUAGUUUUGAAUUAUAAGAAAAUACGCUUUACACAGCCAUGCGGCGAAAUAAGGCCGAAGUGGACGAAUAUAUUUAUUCAGUAGAGAGUUCCUCUCCUUCACUCAAAGAGAAACCAAUUAAAGGAUUUUUAUUUGCUAAAUUAUACUUCGAGGCUAAGGAGUAUGAACUUGCUAAAAGACAUGUAUCAGCAUAUCUGAAGGUGGCGGAAAGAGACCCCAAAGCACACAAGUUCCUGGGCAAACUUUAUGAGAGGGAAGGAGAUAUCAACAAGGCCAUAGGAUGUUACAAGCGGUCUGUGGACCUGAACCCAGCCCAGGGGGACCUGGUUUUGAAGGUGGCUGAGCUGCUGGUCAGUAAGACCGAGAGAGACAACAGAGCAGAGUUCUGGGUGGAGAAAGCUGCCAAGCUGCUGCCUGGACACCUUGCUGUCUUCAACCUCAAGGAGCACCUGCUGAAUCAACAGGGCCAACAGGGGUGGAACCAGUUGUUUGACCUACUGCAGGCAGAGCUGGCUGUGAGGCCUGGUGAUGCACAUAUCAACAUCAAGCUGGUUCAGUUGUUCUCCUCCGAUGGCAGGCUGGAGGAGGCUGUCAAACACUGUCUGGCCACAGAGAAGAGAGGCCUGCUUAGAUCCAGCUUGGACUGGUACUCUACUGUAGUACACACUCUGCAGGAAUCCCUAGCCCAGCCCAGUGUUUCGUCCAAUGAGAAGAUGCGGCAACAUCGGCAGAGAGAGCUACUUUUGGCACACUGCAGCCUGCUGAGACUGACUCUGCAGGGGAAAGGACUGCAGCCUAGCAUCCAGGCCCUCUGGAGUUUUGACUGUGCGAUGCAGGGCCUGAAGAGGGCAGAGGGCAGUGUAACAGAUGAUCUGUCUGGGGUCUAUGUGGAGAUGAGGGGACAUCUGUACCUGCAUGCUGGCACUCUGCUACUGAAGAUGGCUCAGGAGAGAGAACAGCAAUGGCGGGCUGUCAUUGAUCUGGCUGCUCUCUGCUAUCUGCUGGCCUACCAGGUCCCCAAGCCAAAGAGCAAGGUGUCUAAACGUGACCAGUCUCCUCCUCAGCCUCUGGAGCUGCUGGCUAGUGACAGAAAGAGCCAGGCUGGACACAUGCUGCUAAACCUCAAGCCCGAGACACACACCUUUGUCAGAGAGGUGGUGGAGGCGUUUGGGAACCGUAGUGGUCAGGGCGCUUUGUUUGAGUUUUUGUUUGGACCUCUGGCUCCGGUCGGGUCUUCCUUCAUUGGCAACGAUGACAUCCGCUCCAUCAACACACAGGCUCCAGAGAUAUCUGACCUUACCAAAUGGGAUAACGGCUCCAUCCAGCUCCAUGGUGGGGACCUCCAGCAGCUGUGUUGGCUGGGCCUCCAAUGGUCUCUCUUGGCCCAGAGGCCUGCUCUGAGGGACUGGCUCAAACAGCUGUUCCCCAGGCUCAACCUGGAGACCUCCAAACUGGACACCAACACACCAGAGUCCAUCUGCCUGCUAGACCUGGAGGUGUUCCUGUGUGGGGUGGUGUGGUGCAGUCACACCCAGCUCCAGGAGAGGGCCAGGAUCGCUUCUACUGGUCAACAUGAGCCCCGCUGCCUGCCCCUGCCCCUUCUCCACCACCUCUUCACGGACAGACAGAGGGACUGGUGGGACGCAGUCUACAGGCUCAUUCACAAACGAGCUGCGCCUGGCAUGUCAGCCAAACUGAGGAUGACGGUUCAACAUGGACUAAGCACCUUGCGAGCCGGAGAGAAACAUGGCCUUCAACCAGCCCUGCCCAUACACUGGGCCCAGCACCUCAGCUCAGCGGGGUUUGGUGUGAACUCAUACUAUCACCACGAAUACAUAAGGCGGAGUGUCCACUACUGGAACGUGGUGCUCCCCCUGCUGGACAAGAUCAAGAGGAGACGUGGCAUCCCUGGACCCCUGGACCCCCUGUUCAUACACUUCCCCUCUAGAGACAUAGAGAUCCCAUCAGUGAAGGGCUUUGAGGAGGAGGCCAAGAUAGCAUUUGCGACCCUCCUGGACAUCGAGGGGAAGACAGAGGAGGCUAUUGCUACCCUGGAGACGAUCAACAACAUCUCGUCUAACUGGCACCUAGCUAGGAUCUUCCAGCGUCUGUCUGAGGAGGCUGGUAGCGGGGUGGAGGAGACACAGGACAGGUGCAUCAUGUUCCUCAGGAAGUUCAGAACUUACCUGUCCAAGAUCUACAACGCCAACGCUGACGACAUGGAUAAGCUGCCCGUUUCGAUGGAGGAGGUGAUGGAUCUCCUGAACGAUGUGAAACAGCAGCUGGAGGAGAGUGGAGAAGCGAUGGAUGAAGAGGACGACGGCGGACCGGUCCACUCCAGCCUUCAGUUUACUAAGCCUGAUGCUUCAAUCUCUUGUGUCAAAUUCGCCCCAUUAACCCCCUCCCCCAGCAAGAGCUUGGCCUCUCCCUCCAAAAGACACCUGAUUUCCCCAAAGACACCACCUCAUUGGGCGGAGGACCAGAAGUGCCUCCUGCAGAUGCUCUGCCAGCAGGUGGAGAGCCUCAAGAAUGAGGUCCAUGACCUGAGGCAUCACUCGUCAGACAGCAUGGCGUCACCCCACCAAAGAAUGUAUGGAGAUGGGUACGGGGCUGAGAGCAUACAGGAGGGGUACCCCCCAGCACAGACCUUCCAUGGAGCACCCCUCACUGUUGCCACCACACAGGCACCCUCUAUGUAUUACAAUCAAUCCUCUGCUUAUAAUGCCGGACAGUAUCUCCUUCGUACGGCAGCCAAUGUUACUCCAACAAAGGCUCCUGUGUAUGGAAUCAACCGCCUGCCACCCCAGCAGCACAUGUAUGCCUACCAGCAGCCCACAAACACACCUCCCCUACAGUCAACACCAGCCUGCAUCUACCCUCCUCAAGAUCAGGUCUUCGGUGCCCCUCUCCGCUUCGAGUCACCAGCAACCAGUCUACUCUCCCCAUACAGUGAGGAAUACUAUGGCCACUCUCAGCCCACCACAAACCCUCCCCUCCCAGAGCCUGGCUACUUCACCAAGCCCUCCAUUGUACCUGUCCAACCACCAAAGAGCAUCGAGGGGAAGCCUGUUGGCUUUGGGAAGAUCUCUUUUGGCCAGCCGAUCCAUGCUGAGCCUCCUAAGUUGCCUAGCUUUGGUGCUGGAAUAGUCGCCCAGUCCACUCCAUCAUCCGCUGCCUUUAAAUUCAACUCCAACUUUAAAUCAAAUGACGGGGACUUCACUUUCAAGUCCAAAAACAAUGAGAGCCUGUUGGGUCUUCUGACGUCAGACAUUCCCACCAAAUCUGAGGGCCCCUCGGAGGGGAAGCACCAAGAGCCUCCUAGUCAGGGAGGGAUUUUUACCUUUGGCCCUAAAAGUGCGUCUGAGUUCUCCUUUGCUGACACAAUCCAGAUCCAGGACAAACCAAACCUGUUUGGAAAAUUUGACCAGCCAUUUAGUUUUACUGAUGUAACCACGCCGGUAUUUGGGCUGGCAAACACAGCAGAGGAGGAGAAGGGAGCCGAGAGCAACAACGACAGCACUCAUGUGGAGGAAGACGAGGAUGGGCCUCACUUUGAGCCUAUUGUGCCCCUCCCUGACAAAGUAGACGUGAAGACUGGAGAGGAGGAAGAGGAGGAAAUGUUCUGUAACAGGGCCAAGCUGUUCAGAUUCGAUGCGGAGACAAAAGAGUGGAAAGAGAGAGGUAUCGGCUUAGUCAAAAUCCUAAAGCACAAUAGAUCAGGAAAAGUGCGUCUGCUGAUGAGGAGGGAGCAGGUUCUGAAGAUCUGCGCUAACCACUACAUCACGCCAGAUAUGCUCCUGAAACCAAAUGCUGGAUCUGACAAGUCCUGGGUCUGGAAUGCCGUUGAUUAUGCGGAUGAGGAACCAAGGCCUGAGCAACUGGCCAUCCGGUACAAAACGGAAGACGAGGCAUUGCUCUUCAAGACAAAGUUUGAAGAGGCUCAGAAGAUCGUUCCCAAAUCUCCAAAAAUGCAGCAAGAUCAGUCAUAUAGGAAAAAUAAUUUUCCUAAACCCUCUGCUCCGUUGGCGACAAACUUUGCUGCCCAAUUUGCAAAGAAGUACGGGGAGUGGGACUGCGACGUGUGCUGUGUAAGAAAUGCAGCUAAAGUUAUGCAGUGUGUUGCCUGCCAGACUGCCAACCCUAAUGCCCCAUCAAAGCUGGACAGCGCACCGGCUACUGACAUCAAAGGGUUUACUAGUGGGGCAGCUUCAGUGGGAGGAUUUACUUUUGGAUUUGGAGCUGACUCAUCAAAAGACACCAGCAGCGCAGGAUCUAUUGGAGAAGGAUUUGGGUCUUUUGGAGCUCAGAUACCCUCCUCCUUUACGUUUGGAACCAGUGGCACCACUUGUAUACCUGCUGCUGGUUUUGGUGCCCAGUUUGGAAAGAGGCAAGAAACCACAAAAGUUGCAGCAGAAUCAAAGCCCUCAACCAUGCCAUUUGGCUCUGGAUUUGGUGUGCAGUUCAGCAUAAAUCCAGGGCAGUGGGACUGCGAUACAUGCACUUUAAGAAAUGAGGCAUUUUCAAACAGUUGUCUCUCUUGUCAAACUCCUAACCCUUCAAGAAAACCUGCUGCUGUUGCCCCAGCUUUGGCAACCCUCUCAAUUGGGUCUGGAUUUGGUGCACAGUUUGGCAAAAAAACAGGGCAGUGGGAGUGUGACACGUGUCUUGUUAGAAAUGAGGAGUCUGCUAGCAGUUGUGUUUCUUGUCAAACUCCAAACCCUGUAGCCAAAACAGAUGUGGAUGGAGCAGCACAAUCAAAGCCCUCAACCAUGCCAUUUGGUGCCCCGGCUUUGGCAACCCUCUCAACUGGGUCUGGAUUUGGUGCCGAAUUCAGCAAAAAGCUAGGGCAAUGGGACUGUGAUACAUGCGUUGUAAGAAACGAGGCUUCUUCAAGCAGUUGUGUUUCUUGUCAAACUCCUAACCCUUCAGCAAAAUUAACAGCAGAGGUAGCACCAACAACAGAGCCAACAGUGUCAGACUUUGGUGCUGCUUUUUCAAGGAAUGAUGGACAAUGGGACUGUGACACCUGUCUAGUGAGGAAUGAUGCAUCUGCCUCUAAGUGUGUUUCCUGCCAGACACCCAACCCCAAUGCUAGCAGCUCCUCUCUUAGGGACAUGUUUGCCCGGCAGGAGGGACAGUGGGACUGUGACACAUGUCUUGUCAGAAACAACGACUCUGCUAGUCAAUGUGUCUCCUGUCAGAUGCCCAAUCCCAAUGUUAAGAGCAUAGCCACACCCGCCACUUCCAGCUCAUCCUUCAGCUUUGACUUCGGGAGUCGGACUGCCUCUACUCAACCCACAGGCACUGGGUUUAAAGCAAACUUCAACGGUGACAGCUCUUUGCAGUUUGGCACAGGCAAAGUUGAUAAAAGUUCCCCUGCAUCCUUCAAGUUUGAGAUCCCUCCUCAGGCUGAAAGCAGUACCCCCACUGCUGCAGGCUUCUCUUUCACCAUGCCCAUCCCAGCAGGUGGCUUUAAGUUUGGCACUCAGGAAACUGCAAAGGAAACCCUACCAGCUGAAACUCAGACUCCUUCUUCAGGGUCUGCGUCAAUGUUCCUGAAGAAUAUCGCAGAGCAGCACAGAGAGAAGGAAUCUGGUGUCAGUGUAUAUCCAUCAGUGCUGUCAGUGGACAAGACGGGUCAGGAUGAAAAUCCCCUCUUCAUUGGCAAACCCAACGACUUCAGUUUUGCAGACUUGGCUAAAAACUCACAAGGAGACUUCCAGUUUGGUCAGACUGACUCCAAUUUCAAAGGCUUCACCCGCGCUGGUGAGCAGCUGUUCACAUCCCUUCAGUCAAACCAGAGGGCAGACACCUCAGCUGACCAGGAUGAAGAGGGCAUAUACAAGACAGAGGAUAAUGACGAUAUCCAGUUUGAGCCUGUGGUCCAGAUGCCAGAGAAAGUGGACCUGGUCACAGGAGAAGAGGACGAACAGGCCCUCUACUCCCAGAGAGUGAAGCUCUUCAGGUUUGACGGAGACAUCAGCCAGUGGAAGGAGAGGGGCGUUGGGGUCCUCAAGUUCCUGAAGAACGCCACCAAUGGCAGGCUCAGGGUGCUGAUGAGGAGAGAGCAGGUCCUGAAGGUGUGUGCCAACCACUGGAUCACCACCACCAUGAACCUGAAGCCCUUGGCUGGCUCCGACAAGGCCUGGAUGUGGCUGGCUAAUGACUUCUCUGAUGGAGAUGCCAGACUGGAGCAACUCGCUGCCAAGUUUAAAACCCCGGAGCUGGCUGGGGAGUUCAAGCUGAAGUUUGAGGAGUGUCAGAGGCUCCUGUUAGACAUCCCACUGCAGACUCCUCACAAGCUUGUUGACACAGGCAGAACUGCACAUCUCAUCCAGAAGGCAGAGGAGAUGAAGUCCGGCCUGAAAGAUCUUAAAUCUUUCCUGACCGAUGACAAAACCAAGAUCAAGGAGGACGACAGCCAUGCUAACAUCACGACAACCAGUAACACCUCUGGUCUGAAUAUCAAGCCCCACGCAGAGAACACUGGCCCUACCUUAGAAUGGGACAACUAUGACCUGAGAGAGGAGGCUCUGGACGACAGUGCUGACACCUCUGUCUACGCCUUACCCCUGGCAAGCAGCCCAAUUAGGAAGAACCUCUUCUGCUUUGGAGAAUCCACAGAGGGCUUCAACUUCAGCUUCCAGCCUGUCGUCAGUCCCGCCAAGUCGCUGGCCAAGAUGAACCAGAGCGGGGUGUCUGCGGACGAGGAGCAGGACAUUAGCCAGGAGGAGGAGCGGGACGGCCUGUACUUUGAGCCUGUGGUUCCCCUGCCAGACCUGGUGGAGAUCUCCACUGGAGAGGAGAAUGAAAACGUGUGUUUCAGCCACAGGGCAAAGCUGUAUCGCUAUGACAAAGACCUGAACCAGUGGAAGGAGAGGGGCAUCGGAGACCUCAAGAUACUGCAGAACUGCGAUACCAAACGAGUCAGACUCAUCAUGAGGAGAGACCAAGUCCUGAAAAUCUGCGCCAACCAUUGGGUCACAUCUUCUAUGAAGUUGGAGCCCAUGAAGGGUGCUGAGAAGGCCUGGGUCUGGAGCGCUAUUGACUUUGCCGAGGUAACUAAGGGAAAUGUUGAGCAGUUAGCUGUCAGAUUCAAACUGAAGGAUGUGGCUAACUCCUUCAGAGAUAUAUUUGACCGGGCUAAAACUGCCCAAGAGAAUGAGAUUCUGGUCACUCCAAUCGCCUCCAGUGAGACCCUUACUCAGGAGGAAGCAAUAGUGACGGGGACAACCGUGUGUGGACAAGCUGCUGUGGCCAUCCUGGAGGAGACCACCACAGAACGGACGGAGCUGAAUCAUGAGACUUUACACACCCCUGACUGUAAGUCCUCCACCGGUACUCCACAUAGCCCUCUCAACCUCUCCAGGAUGGUGAUGUCCCCACCCAAGUUCCUCUUUGGAACAGACUCUCUCCAAAAGUUUUUCGGCAGCAGCCCACCAUCAUCCAAGGAGGAUAGUUCUCCAGAGAGCUCCAAGGUUAAAGACAGCGGUCGGACCUCCCAGCCUUUAACUGCAUUCAAAAUCUCAGAAAAGGCACCCUCCCAUGCGGAGGCCGACAGUGAGGUGGAAGUGGUGUAUGUGAGGCAGCCAACAGUUGAGCAGGCUCUUCUGGCUAAGGAACUCCUGCUGCCUCUCACCUUCUUCUGCUACCAGAACGAACCAGGAUAUACCAGCGACGACCAGACUGAUGAUGAGGACUUUGAGACAGCAGUUAAAGCCCUGAAUGGAAUACUAUACCAGGAUCCUCCUGAGAGAGAGGCUGCAAGUGCAGGUUCUGCAGGCCAGGCCGAGGCAGGUGUUGAAGGUCUGGACCCGGAGGUUGAGGUUUUAUGGGAGAAGAGGCCAACUCCAGAGGAGGAACAGAAAGCCAGGAACCUGCAGCUGCCUUCAACCUUCUUCUGUGGUGUAGGCAGCGACAGCGAGGCAGAGAAGGACAAGCCAGAGGACUUUGAGACAGAGUUCCGCAAAGCACAGGAGGCUCUGGAUGCUGAGAGAAGCUCAGACCCUGUUUCAUCUGAGGAUGUGUCCUCCAGCACCUGCGAUACAGUGCCAGAACUACAGGUCCCAGACCAGUACCCCAGCAGCCAGGAACAGGCUUCAGAUCAGUCUGGGGCAGAAGUCCAGUCUUCUACAGCAGAGGAAUAUGUCCCAGAUCAGUCCUUAACCAUUCAGGAGGCUGAAAUCCCAACCCCAGGUAGCCAGGAACAGGCCACAGAACAGUCAGUUACCAUCCAGGAUGCAGACAUCCAAUCUUCUACAGCAGAGGAACAGGUCCCAGUUCAAUCAGUAACCAUCCAGGAGGCAGAUGUCCAGUCCUCUAUAGCAGAGGAACAGGUCCCAGUUCAAUCAGUAACCAUCCAGGAGGCAGAGGUCCAGUCCACCACAGAGGAGCAGCAGACUCCAGAUCAGUCAGACUCCACUUCAACACCAUCGCAGACUGCCGUCUCCCGCAGCAGGGAGCAGGCUACCACUCCAAACCCUUCAGAAAAACCUGCUGCUAGUCCCCCAGCUUUGGUAACCCCCUCAUUUGGUUUUGGAUUUGGUGCACAGUUUGGCAAAAAGCCAGGGCAGUGGGAGUGUGACAUGUGUCUUGUUAGAAAUGAGGAGUCUGCAAGCAGUUGUGUUUCUUGUCAAACUCUAAACCCUGCUGCCAGCAGCGGGGAACAGGCUCCAGAUCAGUCAGACUCUACUCCUGCAGCUAUCAGCAGCAGCCCUAUAGACCUGUCCGCCAAGAAGACCUCUGAGCCUGACUCCAAUACUACAUUUACUACAACCACUACUCGGGAUGCUCUUAACUCAUUUGGCUCAUUGGGCUUCAGUGCUCUAGGAGGGGAAGGAUUCUCCUUUGCUGAUCUGGCACAUAACACUGGGGGGGAAUUUGCCUUUGGAAAACAAGAUUCCAACUUCUCGUGGGCGAAUGCCGGGGCUACGUUGUUUGGAGCUGCAGACCCAGCCAAAGCUGAGGGAGGGGAGGAGGAGUGUGAUGAAGGGGACACUAAUAAUGUGGGCAUUGACUUUGAACCCAUAGUCUCUCUACCAGAGGUGGAGACUAAGUCAGGGGAGGAGGAUGAGGAGAUCCUGUUUAAGGAGCGUACCAAGCUGUACCGCUGGGAGAGAGACCUGGGCCAGUGGAAGGAGAGGGGUGUGGGAGACAUCAAGAUCCUCUUCCACCCCGAUAAGCGGUUCUACCGGGUGCUGAUGAGGAGGGAGCAGGUGCUGAAGGUCUGUGCCAAUCACACCAUCUGUCAGAGCAUGGAGCUCAAACCCAUGAACACCUCUAACCAAGCCCUAGUCUGGACAGCUACUGACUUUUCAGAGGGUGAGGGUAAGGUGGAACAGUUGGCAGCCAAGUUUAAGACCGCGGAGCUGGCCGAGAGUUUCAGGAAGACCUUCUGUGAGUGUCAGCGUCAAAUGAGCCAAUCAGAGGCCUCCACCCUCUCCUCCCCCCAGCUGUCCAGGGUACAGGAACAUUCCAGAGACACCAAUCCCCAGGUGUACCUCUCUAUCUCCGCUGACGACGAACCCCUGGGAACGGUCACCAUAGAACUGUUCUCUCACAUCGUCCCCAAGACAGCUGAGAACUUCAGAGCGCUUUGUACAGGACAGAAAGGCUUCGGGCUGCGCAACACUGUCUUCCACAGGGUCGUACCCGACUUCAUGUGUCAGGGUGGAGACAUCACCAACCAGGAUGGGACAGGAGGGAAAUCCAUCUACGGGCACAAGUUUGAGGAUGAGAAUUUUGACGUGCGCCACACAGGCCCGGGGCUGCUGUCCAUGGCCAACCACGGCCGAGACACCAACAACUCCCAGUUCUUCAUCACUUUGAAGAAGGCUGAGCACUUGGACUUCAAACACGUGGCCUUUGGCUUCGUCAGAGAGGGCAUGGAUGUGGUUCGCAGCAUGGGAGAGCUGGGCACCAAGACUGGCAAACCCAGCAAGAAGAUUGUCAUCACCGAAUGUGGACAACUGUAGAGCUUUGUUCUGUUCACUGACUGUUGACAACUCAACUGUAGAGCUUCGCUCUGUUCACUGGCACUUGACAACUCAACUGUAGAGCUUCGCUCUGUUCACUGACUGUUGACAACUCAACUGUAGAGCUUCGCUCUGUUCACUGACUGUUGACAACUCAACUGUAGAGCUUCGCUCUGUUCACUGACUGUUGACAACUCAACUGUAGAGCUUCGCUCUGUUCACUGACUGUUGACAACUCAACUGUAGGGUUGAAAUCUGGUCUCUGACUGGACGUCUAUCGGCCUUCACUCUGGCCAUGGACUGGACAGUGAUAGGCUUUCAAACUGUGGAGUGGACAACUAUAGUAGGCAAAUCUCAAAUGAGACCCUAUACCUCAUGUAAUGUAAAACAUGUUUUGUUUUUUUGCAGGGUUCUGGUAGUGUACUACAGGGGAAAUAGGGUGUCAUUUGAGACCGAGAUGGUCUCCUUUUCAUAAGUGUUGCCCCACCCUGAGGGCAGCAUGUGACUGCGUGAAUCUCCAGACUUUAUUUUUGUGUAUAAUGUACAUUAAAUUAUUUUCAUGUGUUCUAUUAAAAGUUCAAAACGCUGGUUCCUUCAUAAGCUCCCUAACUGGAUUGUUUUGCAUAAUUAAGCCUUAAUUGAGAUUAACAAGAAACCUUGUUUAAAAACCAACCUCUGUUCAAAAUGAACUAUGUUCCUCUCUCCUGCUCCCUGUGAAUACUUUUAGGUGUGGUGGUGUGUUUUUGUGUAUACAUUGAUUUCAUAAUGUGCAAAUCAUUGAGACGAACCUUGUUCAUCUUAAACUCCGAAAGUAGGAAUAUGAAGAACUAUAACCUGCUGUGUGACACUUUGGGAGGGGGAUGACAUAUCUUGUGGUUGUGGAAGAAGCUUCCAUGGUUUUCUGUUGACAAAUAUCACUUGGCAUUGAAACAAUUCUUAUUGUCAAUAUAUAAAUGAUGCUGGAGAAUGUCUUUAGAAAUAAAGUUGCUUUAUACUGAUAAUUAUGAGGAUGCCCUUUACGAUUUCAAACACACUACAUGACUAAAAGUAUGUGGACACCUGGCGUUGAACAUCUCAUUCCAAAAUCAUAGUCAUUAAUAUGGAGUUGGUCCCCCUUGCUGCUUUAACAGUCUCCACUCUUCUGGGGAGGCUUUCCACUAGAUGUUGCAACAUUGCUGCAGGGACUUGCUUCUAUUCAGCCACAAGACCAUUAGUGAGGUCUGGCACUGAUCUUGGGCGGUUAGCCCUGGCUCGCAGUCGACAUUCCAAUUCAUCCGAAAGGUGUUUGAUUUGGUUGAGGUCAGGGCUAUGUGCAGGCCAGUUAAGUUCUUCCAUAUCGAUUGAGACAAACCCCCUCUGUAUGGACCUCGCUUUGUGCACAGGGUGAUUGUCAUGCUGAAACCGUAAAAGGCCUUCCCCAAACUGUUGGCACAAAGUUGGAAGCACAGAAUUGUCUAGAAUGUCAUUGUAUGCUAUAGCAUUAAGAUUUCCGGUCACUGGAACUAAGGGGCCUCGCCCAAACCAUGAACAACAGACCCAGACCACUAUUUUUUUCCACUGCUCGGCUCAUUAAGAAGGAAAGAUAUUCCACAAAUUAACUUUUAAGAAGGCACACCUGUUAAUUGAAAUGCAUUCCAGGUGACUACCUCAUGUAGCUGGUUGGGAGAAUGCCAAGUGUGCAAAGCUGUCAUGAAGGCAAAUGGUGGGUACUUUGAAGAAUCUCAUAUCGAAUAUAUUUAGAUUUGCUUAACUUUUUUGUUUACUGCAUGAUUCCAUGUGUUAUUUUGUAGUUUUGAUGCUAUAGAUUUUGAUGCCUUCACCAUUAUUCUACUAUGUAGAAAAUAGUAAAAAAUAAAGAAAAACCCUGGAAUGAG